AUGUCAAAUGAACACGAAAGAGGGGGCCAGCAGUUGUUUAGGGUGUUGGCAGGGAGAUCACAGCGUGAAGGAACUGUUUCGGGUGAUCUGGGAAAUUCAGGCGACUGUGAACACGGAGCAGGGCGAUUCGUUUUUCUGUUCUUUUGGGCAGAUGUCCGUUCGGGCUGGGCAUGGAAUGAUUCGGGUGCCAAAAGCGUCGGAGGGCAACCUAUGAUUCGAAUUGCAAGCAUACAAUACGGCGUGGGCGUGGAUUCCGACAUCUGGUUUGACUCGAAUGGGUUGGGACUGGGAAACACACAUCCGGGGAGUUGGUACAAAGCACACAAGACGACUCUUCUUUUCACACGGCGAAAAAAAUCACACAAAAAAUCAGGGAUUUGGGGAAUCGGGGUGUUUCUGGAUUCUUACUUUGGGGGGGAUCCGUUUUUCCUUGUCUUUCUGCUACGGGGGGUUUCCACACCGGAAGGUUGCGCCGCAGGAGUUCUUCACUUGCCUUUCCAGCCCUUGGCUGCUUCUGGGACACCGGGACGGUCAGGGCUAUAA